GUGACCUUGAAACAGGCGCCUAGCUUGGAGCAAACAGAUGUCAGUCGGAUUUAUCCCAAGUGUAUUGUGUAGUCGAUUAGCUUUAAACAUGAAUCGGAGCGUUAUAUUUAUUCACUUAGUUUCCUAUUUUUACUAACUGCUUUUUUAUGCAAUAUAUCCUAAUUUUUACUGCUAUUCUGAGAUCUUUUUUGUUGUUAUCCUGUAGGUUGUUUUGCCAAGUGAAUUUAAUCUUAUUACCUAGUUUCACUGCUCAUUUCCUUACGUCUACUUAAAAAAUGUGCGAAUCUAUUCACAAUAUUGUCUCAUGAAUUAGCAUCGUGUGAAUACUUUGGUGCCCGUGUCUAAAGAUAAUUUUUCAGUGAUAUGCGUGGGAAUAAUCACUCAGCUUUAACGGUGAAAAAGACUUCUGUGCCUGUCUAAAACAUCUUAAUCAAUUGUGUGUAAGAAUGGAUCACAAAGAAUCCAACAGAAGAAUUGGGGCUCUGAAAUCUACGUCUUCUCUUGUAGAAAUAACCAGUAAAUCUGGUGAUCAUGCUGCUCAUCCACCAUUUACAAAAGGUGCGUCAACUGGAACGUAUGCACCUAUAAGGUCAUCUGAUGGUUCUUCGCCAAGUACAUUUAGUUGUCAACUACCACGAACAUCUCCCGAGUAUUCAACAGCGUCAUCAAACCCAUCUCGUUCUGCAUUUCUUUCACGUCAGGCAUCUUUUGACCAGGGUGGUGAGGGUCGUCUUUCUUCAACUCAAGUUAAACAGCGUUUAAAGGCUUAUCUGCUUAAUCGUCGACGUGGGCGUGUCCUUGCUAACAGACAUUGGAGAGCAGAUGGUAAAGUAUGCAGCUCAUCACAAAAUCCAUUCACUGAAUCAGACUUUGAUGAAAGUUUAGAACACUCAGGAAGUGAAUCAUGUCAACAAGGAAUGUGUCAUAUAGGUGAUCACUGGCACAGUGCUGACUCUCCAGGUUUCAGUGAAUGGGAUUUCGGUAUGUUAGACUUUCUUCACUUUUCCAUUUGUUUUUCUUUGUUUAAUUUUUUUCUUUCACUUAAAAUUCUUUUUCUUUCGGGACGGAUUGUCACAACUAUCUCAACUGUUGGAAAGGUGACUUUAACUGCACGCAGAAACGUUGGUAGUUUAUUCACAAAUAAAAUUUCAGUUAUCCAGGUUUCUACUUUUGUUCGUUUUCAGAACAUAUCC